AUGACCAAUUUGAAAAUUGUAAUCCUUGGAAGUGGAAGUGUUGGUAAAUCCGCUGUCACUAUCCAAUAUGUAAAUGGAGAAUUUGUUGACCAAUAUGAUCCAACCAUUGAGGAUAUGUAUAGAAAAGUAAUUGAAUUCAAUGGUGACCAUAUUAUGUUGGAAAUUAUGGAUACUGCUGGAACAGAAAACUUUUUGGUAAUGAGAGAUUUAUAUAUUAGAAAUGGACAAGGUUUCAUUUUAGUAUAUAGUAUCACUGCUAAAUCAACUUUCUAUGAAUUGGAUAACAUUAAGGAACAAGUGUGUCGUGUCAAGGACUCAACGACCUCACGUAUUCCAAUGGUGGUUCUUGGAAACAAGUGUGAUCUUGAGAAGGAUCGUCAAGUCGCCUCGAAAGAGGGUCAAGAUUUGGUUGAGAAAUGGGGUGGUAACGUUGACUUUUUAGAGACAUCAGCCAAGAGUAAAAUUAACAUCUCUGCUGCCUUUGAUCAACUGGUCAAACAAAUUCGUUCCAAAGACCCAAGCAAAUCAAAAAAGAAGAGAACCAGUGGAGGUGGAUUAAUCAUUCAUUCACUUUUGUUAUUGGCAACAGCCUUUACUCAAAAGAAUGUUUAUUUAAUAAAUGUGAAGGAUGAUGAGUAA